AGAGAAUGAGAAAGAAGAUUUAAAGUUGGCUUCUGCUGAAUUUGUUGACCAAACGGUUCUUCAAGACCCCAAGUCAAGCACCAUGUAAUUGUUACUACAUAAUAUUACAGGGCUGGCUAGUUGAACCAUUGAAGCAUCUAAAGGGAUAGCUAGUAGCUAGUUCCUGAAGUAUGGCAGAAGUGGUCCUUCUCUUCCUUUCAAUGGUUGCCUUGCUCGGCUUUCCCACUACAAAAGCCGACUAUCUCGCCCAUGUCUGCCCAAACACCACCGUCUUCACCCCAAACUCCAUCUUCCAAACCAAUCGCGACCAAUUGCUGUAUACCCUUGUCGAUAAUGCCAGCCGUGACACCGGUUUUUACCAGACCACUGCUGGCAACCAGAUCUCAGAGGAGACAGUGGACGGCCUCUUCCUCUGCCGCGGUGACGUGUCCGCAGACGCUUGCAGAGUCUGCGUGUACACCGCGGCCUCAAAGGUUGUCCAAAUGUGUCCCGUCGAGAAACAGGUUGUCAUAUGGUACGACGACUGCAUGGUACGCUACUCUAACCAGUCAUUUCUUUCUACCGCGGAAGACUCACCUUGGGUCUUCAUGAGGAACACCACGAAUGCGACGCAGGUUGGAGAUAAUAGAACAACCCUAUUUAACCAGGUUCUAGCAAAUACCAUGAUUGGGCUAGUCCUUGAGGUUCUCAUCGCCGCUGAUAAGUUUGCAACCAAAGAAGAUUCUACAGUGUUUACUACGCUGUACACCCUCGGACAGUGCACGCAGGAUCUGCCCACACCAAAUUGCAGUGGGUGUCUUACAGGAGCCAUAGCACGACUUCCAUUUUGCUGUAGUGGAAAACUAGGGGGAAGAGUUCUGUAUCCAAGUUGUAAUAUUAGGUACGAGGUGUACCCCUUCUAUUCAUCACCUCCUCCGCCAGCCCCAGUGGCAACGGUACGUAAAGGAAAAAAUAAACUCUCAUCCAUAGUCAUUCCUAGCAUUCUUGCUCCAGUUGCUCUCUGUGUGCUAGUUGUGGUUGUGGCCGGAUGUUUCAUUCGCAAAUUAAAAAGAGCCAAACGACAACAAAAUGAAGCCGAAAAUGAUAUGACAACUGUUGAAUCCUUGCAAUUUGACUUGGGAAUUAUCGAAGCUGCCACGAAAAAGUUUUCUGCCGAUAACAUGUUAGGUGAAGGCGGAUUUGGUCAAGUUUUCAAGGGAACACUUGAUAAUGAACAAGAAAUAGCUGUGAAGAGGCUGUCAAAAAACUCUGGACAAGGUGUACGAGAGUUUAAGAACGAGGUUUUAUUGGUAGCAAAGCUUCAACAUAGGAAUCUCGUAAAGCUUCUAGGGUUUUGCUUGGGAGGAGAAGAAACACUACUUGUCUAUGAAUAUGUGCCCAACAAAAGUCUUGAUUAUUUUCUAUUUGAAGCCAAAAAAAGAGAACAACUGGAUUGGUCGAGACGCUGCACCAUAAUAGGAGGAAUCGCUCGAGGAAUCCUCUAUCUUCAUGAAGAUUCUAGGCUUCGAGUUAUACAUCGUGAUUUGAAAGCUAGCAAUAUCUUGUUGGAUGCUAGUUUGAAUCCAAAAAUUUCAGAUUUUGGAAUGGCAAGAAUGUUUGGAGUUGAUGAUCAAACGCAAGGAAGCACGAGAAGAAUUGUUGGCACUUAUGGUUACAUGGCUCCAGAAUAUGCUAUGGAGGGAUUGUAUUCUAUAAAAUCUGAUGUCUUCAGCUUCGGAAUACUCUUGCUUGAGAUCCUAACGGGAAGAAAGAACUUUUUAGGCUUUCAUCCCACAACUCCUGAACCGACUCUUCUCAGUUAUGCUUGGCGAUUAUGGAACGAAGGAAAAGUGUUGGAGUUGAUGGAUCCAUUGCUGAAAUAUUCAUUCAAUCCAAAGGAGUUCUUGAGAUACAUCCACAUUGGAUUAUUGUGUGUUCAAGAAGACGCAAACAAUAGGCCAACCAUGUCGUCGGUUGUUCUAAUGUUAAAGAGUGAAAAUAUCAGACUUUCCAAACCUGAGCGACCUGCCUUCUUUACAGGAAGAUCUAUCAAUGAUCACUGCCAUACAUUAGGGGAUUUACCUAGUUGCUCUGUCAAUGCUUUGACGAUUUCUGAUGUUAUCCCACGCUGAGUUAGAUGACAAUUGUUGCAGUUCAUUCAUUCAUGGAGCCCUUGGUUUUGGCCUGGAAAUAUAUAUGACAUUGUCAUUGACUCAUCGCCUCAUCA